AAGCUGUGUUUAAUUAUUUAAAAAGAGAGUCCCCAAAAUAAGGGACGCGAACGGGUGUGUUUGGAAGUGAAGAUAAUAAAUAAACGUGUUAUUGGCAUAAAUGGGCGCCUCUUGUCUCGAUUGCGCCUCUUCCCAGCAGAUCUUUUUUCGUGAUUACAGAGUGAAAAAGUGAGUAUUUUUUAAGAAAACGCUCUGUAAGUAGGUUUUGGUGGAACUCUGGCUGCGAUGUUGGACCUGGUUUAUGUAUCUGUAAUUUCCAUGGAUUUAUUAGGUCACAGGCCAUCGUAACUCGUAUUUUAAUUAAUUGGGGGAUUUUUUAUGAAACAACCUUGAGUUUGAAGGCCGUGGCUUGUUGAAUCGAGUUGAGCAUCAGAGGCUUAAAUAACCCAGAGCUGCUCGUUUCAUAAUAAAGUUUCGAAGCCACAGUUGCUUAGGAAGUAGCUAUAUUGCAGUUAAUUCACACCAGGUCCCUUAAACCAGGAAACAUAGUGCAGGCCAUAGAUAUAAAGGCCUUGGAAACUUACGUUUAGGAGUUCCUAUCGGCGUUUGUGAUGCCCGGUAUUUCAAAGCUGGGGCCCGAUGAAUGCAAUAAGUUGGAAACAACUGAUGAAUAUAAGAGCAAGAGUAACCUAACCGAAGCCCUGAAAUGGCCAAGGGGGACUGUCGUUCCAGGUAGGGGCUUCCUGAGCCUAGCCACGGAUCAUGGCGAAAAGGGAAGCCAUGAGAGUGACCAUGAUUUAGCUGCUAUGGUGAGGGAUUUUAUCGAGAAUGGAAGCGUAGGCCAAGAUGGUAAUUGCCACAGCAGUGAUAGUGAUUCAGGCUCAACCAGCAUUCUAAAGCUUGGAGAAAGUAUCAAGGCCCUGAAAAAUUCAAUGAUGCCAAUGGAGAGUGAUUUGCUUUACCUGAUCAGUGUUGUCAUUGCAUCCAUCAAGGACUCAGAUUUUCUUUGCUCUAGGGAUGGUAGUUGUAAGGGUAGCUGCAUCAGAAAGCUGUUAGUGAAACAUUUGAAGUCCUAUGGUUAUAAUGCUGCAGUCUGCAGGUCAAAGUGGAAAAUAUCUGAUAAAGUUCCGGGAGGCGAGUAUGAAUAUGUGGAUGUAAUACUGGAAGGAGAUGAAAAGGCCCCAGAGCGUCUGAUUAUAGAUAUUGACUUUCAAAGUCACUUUGAGAUUGCAAGGCCCAUAGUUUCCUACGACACAAUACUGAAAUCUCUUCCUGUGAUCUAUGUGGGUGGUCUGGUAAAGCUUGAACGUAUGUUGCAACUGUUGGUUGAAGCUGCAAAAUUUUCUCUGAAGCAGAAUUCUAUGCCUAUCCCACCAUGGAGAACGCUUGGAUAUCUGAGGGCAAAAUGGUUUUCGCCCUAUGAUAGAGUGGUUGUGGAUACUCACAGCAAACUUCAUAGGGCAGGCUUCAAUAUGGAGUGGAGAAUUACUGAUAUUCAUCCAAAGGAAGGCCAAUGCAGGGAGCAAUUGAGGAGGUUGAAGGCCUCUCUGCCUCCUGAAGCAGAAUCUGGACGUGUGUUGAUGACCAAAUCAAUUGAAAGGAAUAGGGGCAUUCUGACCGACAUGAAGUCAAACAUUUUGAAGUUUUGAAGAGAGAAUUCCAAUUUUGAAAUAUGAUUAGUAAUGCGUGCAGAGUGUGAUCCUAUUUAUUUAUUUAUUUAUCUUCAUAUAAGGCUUGCAUGUAUAUUUCCGGCUUCAUGGUAAUACCAGUAAUAUGCAGAGUUUUCAGCAAGUUCUUGAGGUUCUUAGAAGUUCAUGUUAUUUGUUUUGCCCUUCGCAGAAAUUAAGUGGAGGAGCUUUCAACAAUUAAGGCUAUAGAUUAUAGACUAGUUAUAUGGUGUCAUUCUUUCAGCAGUAGAUUGGAAGAGACUCGUCUCUACUGUCUUCUUGCAAACAAUAAAAGUUGAGCUAGUUGUUGCAGUAAGUGUUGUUGAAAAUAACGGCAGGACUACAUUGGAUAUCAUCUUUUAUGUCAUACGAGGCAUUCUUUACCAGCUUAUUAAAGCAGGGGCUGUAGUUUUUAACUAUGCAGAGAUGGCUUAAUCAGCUUCACUUAAGUGCUUCAAAGAAGUCUUGGUGAAGUUUGUUUAUUUUCUCAGCUGUGUGUUGGCCGGACUACAUUGGAUAGCAUCUUUUAUGUCAUAUGAGGCAUUCUUUACCAGCUUAUUAAAAAAGGGGCUGUAGUUUUUAACUAUGCAGAGAUGGCUUAAUCAGCUUUACUUAAGUGCUUCAGAGAAGUCUUGGUGAAGUUUGUUUAUUUUCUCAGCUGUGUUUUCGAAGUACACCUCUUUAUUAUGAAUAAAAAUCCUCUCUCUCUUUAAGGUACAAAUUA